UUUCUAUUUAAAAUAGUAGGAACAUUUAUUUUGUGUUUCUUAUUUUUUUUUUUAUAGAGAUUUUGCAUUCUACAUAAUUCUGUACUUUCUUCGAUAUGGAUCGAUCUGUAAUUAGUUUUUUGAAAGCCUGCCCACACUGUGCGCGCACUUUUAAUUCAGAUUCGCUGAAACGCCACGCUGCUGUAUGUUUGAAGGCCUCGAAGAAACGAGAAGUUUUCGACUCGAUCACACAGCGAUGGAAAAACGACCAAGAAGGCUAUAGAUUUACGCGUGUUGAACAACCGAUGGCACGUCCCAACAAGAAAAAGGAACAGGUGGUGGUGGAGCAAAUGAAGGAUAAGAAGGAGCCGAAGGUGGAAAAUAAUGUGGUGACACCAAGGCCUGAAGUUCAGAAUAAGAAGAAGCAAGUGGCCAAUAAGAAGGUGAAGCCUGCUAAUCAGGAUGGAAAUAAACAAGAGGUGAAAAUGAAGAUGAUCAUGGUCCAAUUACAAACGGUGCCAUCCCAAAAGGAUAAACGCGUGCAAACUUUGAGCAAGACAUCGUUGCGAUCUUCGCCUUUAUCGGCGCGAGUUUCGCCGUUAUCAAUGGGAUCGCCGCCAUCGACGGAUCGAUCUUCAACGAUAUUCGUGCGAUCAUCGCCGUCAACAGAGCGAUCUUCGCCGCCCAAGUCGGAGCUUCCGUUGGUCAGUCGCCGCUUUGUUCCAAACUUGUACAACAAAGCGUUACAAAGCUGCGUCCAUUGCGGUCGCAGCUUCAAUAGAAAGGCUUACGAUUCACACGUGGCUUGGUGCACGGAGCAGUACAGCAGAACGAAAUUUGAUACAACUUUUCAAAAGAUCGGCAAUGAAGAGGCCAAGCAGCGCAUGAAUCGCCGCGUAAACUACAAGCCUCCAAUGCCCAAAUCGGCAAGAAAUUAGAAAGCUUGCAACAUUAUUGCAACUUUCGCCAGAAAUGCCUACAAAAUUCCUAGUUUUGGUCUAAGGACAAAUGCAACUAUUUUAUUUGAUAUUACUUGUUUUAAUAAACCAAAAUUUACGAAGCGCUCUCAG